CCAUUACUCUACUCCUACUCCAGCUGACACUCCAGCUUAGUCAUUGGAACAAAAGUAGUGUGAUCAGCGAAAAAUCACUUAAACCAGCAAACCUUUCAUAAUCAUUGACAUUGAGCGACCUUUGUGACAGUAUAAAUAUCUGUGUACGUUACAGUUGUAGUCAUUCUUUUGGUAUCUUGUGGAGAAGGCGCAUUGAACUAUUUAAAAUGGCGUCUGGGGUAGUGAGGUUCGGUACCAUUGACUACGCUGUAUUUGCACUUAUGUUAUGUAUAUCUGUCAUCAUUGGUAUUUACUAUGCUUUAUCUGGAGGAAAACAGAAAACAACGGCCGAGUUUCUACUUGGUAAUCGUAAAAUGAUGGCUAUCCCUGUGGGAUUGUCUCUCCUUGCUUCGUUUAUGUCGGCCAUCACAAUUCUUGGUGUCCCUGCUGAAAUGUACACGUUUGGGACACAAUAUUGGAUGAUAAUUAUAUCUUAUGUGAUCUUAUUUCCCACUGUCGCCUUGGUGUUUGUACCUGUGUUCCGUGCUGUGGACAUCACGAGUUCAUAUGAGUAUCUGGAAAGACGUUUUUCGUUUGGAAUGCGCUCACUUGGAAGUAUAAUGUUUAUCAUACAAACGUGUUUGUAUAUGGCUAUCGUGACAUAUGGUCCAUCACUUGCUAUGGAAGCAGUGACGGGUUUCCCUGUGUGGAUAUCGAUCUUAGUUAUUGGUGUAGUCUGUACAAUUUAUACAACUAUAGGUGGUAUGAAAGCAGUAAUCUGGAAUGAUGUCAUUCAAGUUCUUGUAAUGGUUGGUGGGUUGAUUGCAGUUGUAAUUGUUGGUAGUCAAAGAGUUGGUGGAUUUACUCGUGUAUGGGAACUAUUAGAAAAAGGGGAUCGCUUAAAGUUUUUUGACUUCAAUCCCGAUCCCACCCAAAGACUAUCUAUCUGGAGCCUCAUGAUUGGUGGUGCCUUUGGAUUGUUUCCUCUAUGGGCUGUCAAUCAAACAGCGGUACAAAGGUUUCUGUCUGCCAAGUCAAACAAAGAUGCCAGAAGGUCUGUUUGGAUCAACCUUCCCUUAAGUAUCUUUGUUGUAUCACUUUGUGCAUUGUGUGGUUGCGUCAUUUAUGCUUUUUAUCAUGAUUGUGAUCCAAAGACAAACAAAGCCAUCACUAGUGGAGAUCAGAUUCUUCCUUACUUUGUAUUGCAUGUGUUGGGUGACAUCCAAGGAAUCUCUGGUUUAUUUCUAGCUUGCUUAUUCAGUGGAACUCUAAGUACCUUAUCGUCUGGAUUGAAUUCGUUGGCUGCUGUAGUUUUAGAAGACAUCAUUAAACCAAUCAACAAAAGACGGUCAGUAGUAUUGUCAGAAACCAAGGCAACACUGAUCACCAAAAUCUUAGCUCUAAGUUUUGGAGUACUAACGAUUGGGCUUUCAUUCCUGGCAAUGAAACUUGGUGCCAUACUAACAACGUUUUACCGUGUCUUUGGAGUGGUUGGGGGCCCUGUGGUGGGUGUAUUUUGUCUUGGUAUGCUCACUAGAAAAGCUAAUACAAGGGGUGCUUAUGCAGGACUAUUAGGUGGUCUUAUAAUUGGUCUGUGGAUAGGUGUUGGUGCUCAAAUAUACCGUCCACCUCUCUCUAUCGCCCAACUAUCUACCGCUGGAUGUGUUCAAGGGCUCAACACAACAUUUACGUCAAAUUCUACGUUUAAUCCCAGUAUGAAUGGAACAGCUGCAACUCCUAAAAGCUACGAUGGUCUGGCUCUAUACAAGUUAUCUUUCCUGUGGUACAGUGCGGUUUGUUUCCUGGUUACCUUCAUCGUUGGUAUUGUUGUUAGUACCAUAUUUCCAGGUGAUCAUGACAGUGCAUCAGUCGAUCCACGACUAUUAUUCCAUUUUAAGAGAUGUUGUAGAAGAACUAAAGGCGAGCAUGAUCUCGCAUCAUGUCAGCAGGACCGCGAAGAGGUUUUUCCUACUCAAUUGAAUGGUCCAUACAGAGAGGUGAAAUCUACCACAGGCCUAAUCAAAGAAUCGUCCAUGUAAACGAUCCAAGUUGGAAUUCAGUGCACCGUGAGAAGUCCAAGCAACAGGAGCCAUGAUCUCGGUUAACGCUCGGAAAUAAGUUAUGUUUAUGUGUAAAACGACAAAAAUAUAAUUUUUCAUAAGUAAUACUGUGCCUUUUGUACCUUUGAAACAUAGUUGAUAGUAUUUUAUAUAGGUUUUAUUAAAUGGGAUAAGCUUGUCAUGUAAAAAUAAAAAUUGAAAAAAAGUUACGACAUUUACUCGAUAUCAGCAAAAUGGAUAAGUAUAGUGAUAAAAAUAAUCACCGUCAAAAUAUGCAAAAGUUACCAAAAUUUAGGAAAACCAUACUAGUCUGUACUUGUCAUAUAGAAAAUUUCACUUCAGUAGUGUAGUGAAGGAAAAGUCGAAACUUUAAUUUCUCAUUGUUUUUACUAGUCAUGUUGGAUUGACUUACCGUCGUCUAUGAAAUGACUAUUUCGGUAAAAUCUAACAACAAACAGCUGAAAACAAUCUAAAGCCGUCUACUACUAACUAUUUAUCUUUGGGUCCAGACAACGGAAAUCUUUAUUUAUAUCAUUUAUAGAGUUUUUAUGUUUUAAGUAAAGUAAUUAAAAUACAGAGAUAAAUAAAGUGCCAAUUUUAAUAA